CUCCAAAACGGAGCUCAGUGCAAACGUUCGUCUUGUCUCCAGCAUGGCGCUUAAUCUUCAGGCUGUCUGUCAGCUCGCUCUCCUGAGCCUCUGCUGUCUACUCACUGCAGUGCGAGAGGCAGACGGCACAUACGUCCCCGGAAGAUGUUUGUGUCCAGAGACUACAAAGCGGGUCAGGGGGCAACUAACAGACCUUAAGAUUUACCCUACAAGUGCCACCUGCAGCAACAUUACAGUCAUAGUGACGCUGAAGAGUAACAACUCAAAUGUUUGCAUAAAUCCCGAAGCACCAAUGGGGAAACAGCUGAUCCGAUGCUGGGAAAGAACUCAGAAGUUGGGCAGUGACAUGAAGGUGUGCCUGCGAAGGAGGAGACGGCGAGGCGGGCGCCGGCCGAAGCCCCAGCAGAAGGCAAGGAGGCACACCAGAAGAACAUCAUCCUCACAAUAAAAAUUGUUCAGCAGUUCGCAAACAGCGUAAAGCUACUGUGUGGAGCGAAGAGUGUACGGACUGAUGGUUGCUGCAUUGGGGCUGUUUUUUGUGACUGCAGUACAACAGUGCCUGUUUUAAACACUUUUUUUUUUUAAAUCUGUUAUAGUAAAGCUCAUCAAUGUGCUCCCUUUAGUUUUUAUCUAAGCUGAAAAUCUGUAUUAGUUGGCAGCAGGGGGCUUUGCCCCCCCAAACCCCCCAAGAAGACUGAUUUUAUUUCUACGAACAAAGUGACAGGUUUCACUUUGAAGCAUUAAAAAAUAGUCAAGGGACUGUUUAUGUGUACCUACAAUCAGCUGGGAAAAUUUUUCCAUGUAUUUAUUUUUAUAUAUAUAUAUUAACUUUUUUAAGUUGUUUUAUAAAUAAAUAUAAAAGAACAGA